AAACCAAAGUGGGAGGCGACUGGCGAGAGGAGAGAGAGAGAGCAGCGGGACAGCGGGCGGGCGGGCGGGCAGACGGAGAGGGGCGCGGCCGUCUUCCCAAACCCCGAGGGUCCUCACCAUGGAUCUUUCGAGUUCACUGGCUUCAACCAGUGAUGAAGAGACAAGGGCACUUAAUGCAUUGCUUGAUGCUUUCAGUUGUGCCUUUUCGCUUGAAGAUAUAGCCAAUGCAUACUGCAGAGCAAAUGGCGAUGUCAACAAAGCUGGGGAUUUCUUGACUGACCUUCAACUUUCGAUGCCCCAGAGUAAUGAAGUUGACUCAAGCGUUGAGACCAAUCUUCCCCAGUUUGGUAAGGCAGUUGAGGAAAAUUCUAUGGACAACUCAAACCGAACAAGAAAUCUUUCCUGUGUUGGGAAAGCAGCUGAAGAAAGCUCUGUGGAGAAUUCAAGCCAAACAAGAACACGUGAGAAGUCACAGAAGUCUAGUGCUUCAUUUGGCACUGUAUCCAGCAUGUUAGGUAAAGGAUCUGCCCGAGCUACUACAGCUCCUGCCAAUACAGCACCAGGAAAAGGAAAACCUCUAAAGGUUGAACUGCCAGAGUACAUGCGAGAUGAUUUGAAAACAGAUGAAUCUGAUUCUGCACCAAAGAGAGAGACUUUGAAUAACAGAGAUGUUGAGGAAUUCCUAUUUUCUAUGCUUGGAGAAGGAUUUAAGCUCAACAUGGAAGUGAUCCGUGAUGUUCUAGGCAGCUGUGGGUACGACAUGAAGAAGAGCAUGGAUGAAUUAAUGUCAUUUUCUACAAAUGAUCUAGGCAAAAGGCCAGAGAAUGAGCAUAUUGCAGUACAAGACACUGCAGUAGAAUCCUCUUUUUCCAUGGGGAGCUGCCUAGGAUCACAAUCCACAUCUAGAUCACAGAUUACCCCUGGAGAGUUACUAGAAUCAAUAUUCACUGCACCUGAAAGAUCUGAGGAGGAACCAAAAGUAAGGCGGUAUGAAUUGGGCGCAAAUCGAAGGAGAGUUCCAGAUCAGAAACCAGUCGUAAAACCUCUUGAGGACAUUUCACCACCCUCUACGGAUCUUCCGGUGAAAAUUAUCCUAGGCAGCAAAGAACCAGUUGUGCGUGAUGAGGAUGAUUACCAGAACUAUCGUAAGGCUGCAAAGCAGCACUGGGAUAUGAUGAAGCAGUACUAUGCGAAGGCUGUUGAUGCUUUUAGGGAGGGUAACAAGAAAGAAGCCGAGUAUCUUCGUACGGAAGGAAAGAACUACUAUAUGAUGGCUCGAUUAUCUGCUGAAAAAUCUGCUGGCGAGAUCACCAAGUCCAAACAAGAGUCCAAAAAUGAGUUAUGUCUUGAUCUGCGCUCACAAGAUGCAGCAAAUGUAGCAAAUCUUCUGAGACUUCAUCUUAGGCAGUUGGCUAACAUCCCAUCUUUUGAGAAUCUGAGAGUUAUUAUUGGUGUCGAUGAUGGCACUUUCAAGAUGGGACAAAGAAGAAGGAAGGUUGAGAAGUUUCUGGAGAAAAAAUCAGUCGAGUGGACCGAAGAUGAGGCCAAUCCUGGGACCAUUCUCAUUCCGAUUAAUCAAGUGAAAGACCAGUGAGUAUAGCUUGGCGUACAAAGGUCGUCCGACACAAAGCUGACAGAAGAUGCUCUUAGCUGCUAGUUUUAUCAUUUGGUGCCGUUUUGGAUCUAUAGGCGAUUUCUGUUCAUUUUUGGGAUAUGGAGGAUGGGGAGUGCGUUGCAUAUUCCUUUUUGUUCACACACAGGAGAUAUUUCCGGCCGGCCUAAAAAUUACGAUUUGGCCGAGAUGAUUUAGCUGCAGUCUUAACCCUGGAAA